AUGAACACUCGGUCAAGGCGAAAGUCGUCCAAGGAGACAACAACACCAAAGAAAGUUACUGGUGGGGGUGGAAGUGACGCGGAGUCAAUCCCAUCGUUUGCGAGUGGAGGUAGCAGUUCGACCAGACAGAGAUUGGCACACUGGAUCGAGAAGCAGCUCGCGGAGGACAUCGAGAGUGCUGGAGGAUUGUGGCAUUUCGACAAAGGGAAGAGACAAGGAGUCAAGGAGCUUUGCGACCAUCGAACGUACACUUUGGAGCAGCCAGAAUUCUACGGAGAGUUGGGAGCAGAGGAGAAAGAUCUCCCAAAAGCUCAUUUGCGAAAGAAAAAGAAACGAGGUUCCUCCUUGAGCACGGAGAAGGAGAAAGAAUCGACGAAAACGAAAACGCCCAAGAAGCCUACCACGAAAAAGAUAGCUUCCAGCAAGAAAAAGAAAGAUACACUGCCAGCGACGAUAUCAACGAAGAUCGGAGACGAUAUCCUGGACGAUCUUUCAUUGGACUCCCUCUCACUUGAAGACAAGGCAGAACCUGAAGCUGAACGGAAGAUUGCAUCAUCAGCAACUCCCAAAACAACAAAAGCACCCCGUCUCAGCACAACUCCCAAACAAACAAACCAGACGCCGAGAGUCACAAGGAAAAAGGCAACCAUGUCCGAUUUUGAUGAUAUUGUGAUCGACAUCGAUGCUUCCAGUCCUGGAUAUCAAGGCGAGGGAGUAUUUUGCUUCAGCAUUGCUGAUUUUACCCACGGCAAUAUCCGCUGGAAGGGUGGCAUCGAAAUUGAGAUGAUUGUCGACACCCGCGACACGUCCGAAGAUCUCUAUCUUAUCCGCUCACAGAAGCGCCUUUCCGAACUGGGACCUCUGUGGAAACGUGCUACCAAUUAG